UCUACUCCAAACAUCAGCCCCUGCAACUUGCUACAACGAAAUAGGAAGCUAGUUCGGCUGCCACUAGCCAGUAAAUCCAUGUCAAGAUGGGCAAGAAGGCGAAAAAGGAGCCAGAGACACCCACCAAAGAUGAGUUUGACCCUCUGUCUAUCGAGAGUAAAAAGCCAGACACGGUAGUGCUCAUGCUGAAAUCUUCAGAGGAUGUUGUUUUGGCAAAGGCCUGUGAGGCUCUUCGCAAAUUUGCAGAAAAAGGGGAGGAAAACAGAGUGACUUUAUUGGGCCUUGGAGCAGUGGGGCCCCUUGCCCAGCUGAUAACUCACGAGGAUAAGCUAGUGAGGAAGAAUGCAUUCAUGGCCCUUGGUAUCAUGUCACACAAUGCUGACGUCAACAAACUGCUGAAAAAUUUGGAUGUCAUACCUGCUAUCAUUUCGAAGUUAUCUCCUGAUGAGGACAUUGUGAUCCAUGAGUUCGCCACACAAUGUCUGGCCCACUUGGCUCUGGACUUCUCCUGCAAGGUGCAGAUCUUUGACAACGAAGCACUGAAGCCCCUGAUCCAGCUUCUCUCCAGCACAGACCCAGAUGUGGUUAAGAACUCUGUCGAGUGCAUAUGCAACCUUGUUCAGGACCAGCCGAGUCGUGUGGCAGUGAGCGAGCUGAACGGUAUCCCUGCCCUGCUGGGCCAGCUGAACUCCGAGUUCCCCGUCAUCCAGCAGCUGGUCCUGCGCACCCUGCAGAGCAUCACGCUGGACAAGGAGACACGCACCACCUUCAGGGACGAGCAGGGCCUGGAGAAGAUCCUCGACUUCCUCAACACCAAAGAGUACAGUGAUCUGCAUGUGGAGGCGUUGCAUCUGCUGUGUGGCUGCCUGGAGGAUGUGGAGGCCAUGCAGCACUUCCAGGAGAGCGGCGGGCUGCAGACACUCAUGACCUUUGUGACGACCCCCACGCUGCCUGAGGUGCAGAGCAGCGCCAUCAAGGGCAUCUCCAAACUGGCACAGAUAUAUGAGAACAGGAAGAUGCUUCACGAGCAGGAUGUGGAGAAGUCUCUGAUGGCACUGCUGGCGAUGGACAACAGUCGCGUACGCGCCGCUACCUGCCAGGCGGUGGCAGUCAUGAGCAAGAACCUGGCCAGCAAGGACACCUUCAGACACCUGGAUGGCAUCGGGCCCAUAGUGCAGCUGCUGAGGAGUGAGAGUGCAGAGGUGCGGGAGGCUGCGGCACAGGCUCUCUCCAGCCUCACCAGCGCCAACCAGCUCAACGCAUAUGCUGUGUUUGAGGCGGAGGGUGACGAGGCCCUAGUUCAGCAGCUGACGGAGGGCUCUGCCAGGGAGGUGGCCCACGCCGCGUGUGUCCUCACCAACAUGGCCACCCAGGAGGCCCUGCGGCGCAGCAUCGUAUCCCAGGGGGCCAUGCAGGCCCUGGUGGCGCCCGUGCAGUCCAAGGACAACCACCUGCUCAUCAGCGUGCUGCAGGCGGUGGCCGCGCUGGCCUGCGACUCAGAUGGCAGAGCCGAGUUCAGGAAUGCUGGAGGCCUGCCCCACCUGGUGAAGCUGAUCCACUCGUUCAACACAGAGGUGCGCCGCAAUGCAUGCUGGGCCGUCAGCGUGUGUGCCAACGAUGAGCCCACUGCCUCCAAACUCUGCAAGUGGGGGGCUCUGGAGGUGCUGCAAGAGAUCAACUCUUCCACCAAUCGCAGGAACCGCUUCAGUGAGCUGGCCAUGCAGAAGCUGCUAGACAACCACCUGGCGGCCAAGUACAGCCUCACAGGCCGCCUGGCCCCCACCGACGUCAUAACCGACGGGUUCUAUGACCCUGGCCAGACGCGAGUGGGUCAGAGAGUUCCAGACUUUGCCGAUCUAUCAAAGCAGGCAAUCAACCAGCAGCGGCCGGUCAUAGUGGUUAAUGGAAAACCACACAACCUCGACCAUGCGGAGGACAGGCAGGACACUCCUGGCGGAUCGCGGCCCUCCUCCAGCAGGCCUAGCAGCAGAGCACACAGCAAAGCCAAGCACAGGGAUGCGGAUGACAGCAAGCGUCAGGAGAAGGCGGUGAAGACAGACAUGUUGCCGGGGGACUCUGCACUGUGUUCCAUGAUCACGGAGGCAACUCAGUCCGUCCUGCCCCUCCAGGAGGAGAGGGAGCAGCACAAAGCCCUGGCUCUGCUGGUGUGUGGUGCCAUGGGUGGUCCCGUUCCUGCUGAGCAUCUGCAUGAGUUCCCCUGGGAGCUGCACCUGAGCCAGCUGAAGCACGAGGAGCAGUCUAACGUGGUGCCGGUGGCCAAGAUCAAGAAGGGCACCUACUGCCAUAGAGCCUUGCUCUACAAGGCCCUGGCAGACAGGAUUGGUCUAGGCUGCAGCCUGGUGCGUGGAGACUACAACCGGGCCUGGAACGAGGUCCUGAUCACGGAUGGCGCCGCCAAGCCUGACGGCAGCUACUGCCAACCCAGAACAUACAUAGUGGACCUCAUGCACAACCCUGGAGAACUGCUGAGGAACAACUCACCUGCAGCCAUUAAAUAUCAGUCCAUAUGAACCCACUGAUUUUUUAUACAACAGAUAUUUACUCAGAUAGUAUUAAAGAUUGAAACGAAAUGUGUGGUGAAUCAAUGUUACAGUUGUUUAAAAAAUAAUGUGUGAUUGGUUUUCUUUUUCCACCAAAUAAAAAAAAAUGGCAAGUUG